AUGGUUACGAGAUCGAUGGAAGGAAAUGCAGCAAAAGGCGAGAUUUUUGCCGUAAUUCUCGUGCCAUUUGCGCUUAUUUUGCUGAAUGCGGUAGUUCCGGCCUCUUCCGGUGCUUCGGGGUUCGACUACGGCGAGGCCCUGUCGAAGAGCCUCCUUUACUUCGAGGCGCAGCGCUCCGGCCACCUCCCUUACAGCCAGCGCGUCUCCUGGCGUGGCCACUCCGGUCUCCUCGACGGCAUUGAGCAAGGAGUCGAUUUGGUCGGAGGGUACUACGACGCCGGCGACAACGUCAAGUUCGGCCUGCCGAUGGCCUUCACCAUCACCAUGCUGUCGUGGAGCGUCGUCGAGUACGGCGGCGCGAUGUCGGCGGCAGGCGAGUUGGAGCACGCCAUGGAGGCGAUCAAGUGGGGCACGGAUUACUUCAUCAAGGCUCACACUCACCCCAACGUUCUCUGGGUUCAGGUCGGAGAUGGAGACACGGAUCACUAUUGCUGGCAGAGGCCCGAGGACAUGACCACGUCCCGGCAGGCCUUCAAGGUCGACGCGGAGAACCCCGGAUCGGAUGUGGCGGCGGAGACGGCGGCAGCCAUGGCGGCCGCCGCGAUCGUCUUCAAGCAGAGCAAUCCGCAUUACUCCCACCUCCUGCUCCACCACGCUCAACAGCUUUUUGAGUUCGGGGACAAGUACAGGGGGAGGUACCAUGAGAGCGUGGCGGAGGCGGCGGGCUACUACCCGUCGAGGAGCGGGUACGGGGACGAGCUGCUGUGGGCGGCGCUGUGGUUGCACCGGGCGACGGGGAGGGCGGAGUACUUGGACUACGUGGUGGAGAAGGCGUACGAGUUGGGCGGCGCCGCCUGGGCCGUCGCCGAGUUUAGCUGGGACAUCAAAUACGCCGGCGUCCAAAUUCUUGCUUCCAAGCUGCUGAUGGAGGAAGGGAGGCGCGAGCUGCGGCUCCAGGGGAAGGAGAAGAGCACGUUGGAGCAGUACAAAUCCAACGCCGACCACUUCCUCUGCGCCUGCCUCUCCAUGAACUCGGAUGAUUCCGGCAGCAACGUCGCCCGUACGCCCGGCGGCCUGCUCUUCGUCCGCCCCUGGAACAACUUGCAGUACGCGGCCGGCGCCGCCUUCCUGCUGGCCGUCGCCUCCGACAGCCUCGCCGCCUCCGGGGGGCGGGCCCUGCUCUGCUCUCGAGGGCCGGUGGGCCCGCGAGACCUGAUGGGCCUGGCGAGGGGCCAGGCCGACUACAUCCUCGGCGACAACCCGAUGGGGCUCAGCUACUUGGUGGGCUUCGGACCACGGUUUCCCAGAAGGGUGCACCACCGGGCGGCGUCGACGGCGCCGCACAAGGAGGAGAAGGGCUUCAUCGGGUGCGCGCAGGGGUACGACGCGUGGUUUGGGCGGCGGGGGUCCAAUCCGAACGUGGUGGCGGGGGCGAUCGUGGGCGGUCCGGACGGCGGCGACGCGUUCGAGGACCGGAGGGGGAACUACAUGCAGACGGAGGCGUGCACGUACAACACGGCGCCCAUGGUGGGGGUCUUCGCCAGGCUGCGUAAUGAGACGACGGAAUCGAGGAGGAAGCGCCGGCGAGCGACGAGAGGAGGCAUGUCGGCUUGA